AUGACUCGUCUGACAAGAAUAACCGCGGUCCUUUUCUCGCUGGCCACGAGCGUCUUGUCAGCCACUCUCCCCGUCGUGACCGGAACCGCCAGCACCACAAACCUGCCCGGCGUAGCCCUGAUCCAACAAGCCAAGCGGGCGGCCGUGACUGAUCGGCCAUCACCACCCCUGGCGGCGCGGUCCAUGAAGGCGCCGCCCGAGUUCCUGACCCUCCACCUCGUCAACUCGCACACGGCCGCCGUGUCGACGGCGCACGUGCACGACGUCGACAGCCCCCCCGCCGCCUCGGGCAACGUGGGCGCCGGGACCCUGGCCCGGGGCGCGUCGGCCAGUUUCGCCGUGCCCACGGGCUACGUGGGCAACAUGGCCCUGAGCGAGGCCGAGUACCCCAUCACCGCCGACGACACCCUGAUUGAGAUCAACUUUUCCAUAGCCAAGGACUACGGCAACAUUGCCGUUGCGGAUGUCGACGUGAGCUACGUCAAUGGCUACUCGGUGCCCAUUACUUGUUCUUGUGGAGGAUCGGUGGUGACUGGUUGCAAUAAAGAUUUACUCAAGCUGAAUACUUGCGCAGACCUCUCUCCAGAAAAUGCCUGCGUCAACCCGCUCCGUGCCCUAAUACCCGCGACCGCGGCUUCUCCCUUCUUCGCGCCUUGCCAGGGUGCCGCGUGGACCUUUGUAAACGACGGCGACGCUGAUGCUUGGGGGUCCUGUCAGAGUGGCCAAAUAUCAUGCUGUAUUGGCACGGCGUGCCCUGCGAAUCCGGAUCAGCGAAAAAGAUCAUGCCGCAAGAAUUGA